UUUGUGUCCCCGACUUCACGGAGGGCUGGCCUGCUUCCCUGGGGAGGAGGAGAGUCAGCAGAGCCAUGCUUGGGGAUGUUAGCUGCUCCAGCCAGGCAGGAUCCUCAUCUCUGACAGCAGCUGGUGUCAGAUCUUUAUCUAGAAGAUGUAAAGAGAAUCAUGUACCUGGCACGUUUAAGGCGCUGGACAUGGACACAGAGGAUGACCCCUUGUUACAGGAUGCCUGGCUAGAUGAGGAAGAUGAAGAGGUAGCCUUUAGCUCCCGCAAGAGGCGAGAAGGUGCUCUGUUGUGUGGGAAAAGUCCCUGCAGAGUCAGGCCCCUGCGUGUUACGCUGCCUGUGUCUGGCUUCUGGAAUAUUGUUGGUUGGGUAUUUACCAACCCGUACUGUGCUGGCUUCAUCCUUUUCCUGGGCUGUGCCAUCCCUGCUGUGCUUGCUGUUGUCAUGUUCCUCCACUACCCCACCCUGGAUAUUGACAUCUCCUACAAUGCUUUUGAGAUCCGUAACCACGAGUCCUCUCAGCGCUUCGAUGCGCUUGCCUUGGCCCUCAAGUCUCAGUUUGGGUCAUGGGGGAGGAACCGCCGGGACCUGGCUGACUUCACCUCUGAAACCCUCCAGAGGCUCAUCUUUGAGCAGCUCCAGCAGCUUCACCUCAAUGCUUCCCACCUCGGGGUCAGCGCGCGGGUCAAGCGCAGCACCCCCGAGGGCAGGACGAGCUUCCCCAAGCCCCGUGCCCACCUGAACCCAGGAAACAGGACUUCCCGAACUGGGAGGGGUGCCCCACGCUGGGACUACUCCAGCACUUACAUCAGUGCCAACACACAGACACAUGCCCACUGGCGCAUCGAGCUCAUUUUUCUGGCUCGGGGGGACUCUGAAAACAACAUCUUCACUACUGAGCGCCUGGUAACCAUCCAUGAGGUCGAGCGCAAGAUCAUGGACCACCCUCGCUUCCGAGAGUUCUGCUGGAAGCCCCAUGAGGUCUUGAAGGAUCUGCCCUUGGGCUCCUACUCCUAUUGCUCCCCUCCCAGCUCCCUCAUGACCUACUUCUUCCCCACAGAGAGGGGAGGGAAGAUUUACUAUGAUGGCAUGGGACAAGACCUUGCUGACAUCCAAGGGUCCCUGGAGCUGGCCAUGACCCACCCUGAAUUCUACUGGUACGUGGAUGAGGGCUUGUCUGCCGAGAACAUGAAGAGCUCCCUGCUGCGGAGCGAAAUCCUCUUCGGGGCACCACUGCCCAACUACUACUCGGUGGAGGACCGCUGGGAGGAGCAGCGCCGCAAGUUCCAGAACUUUGUCAUCACCUAUGUGGCCAUGCUGGCCAAGCAGUCCACGAGCAAAGUCCAGGUGCUGUAUGGAGGGACGGAUUUGUUUGACUAUGAAGUGAGGAGGACUUUCAACAAUGACAUGUUGCUGGCCUUCAUCAGCAGUAGCUGCAUAGCUGUCUUGGUCUACAUCCUCACCUCCUGCUCAGUGUUCCUGUCAUUCUUCGGCAUUGCCAGUAUUGGGCUGAGCUGCCUGGUGGCUCUGUUCCUGUACCAUGUUGUAUUUGGGAUCCAGUACCUGGGUAUACUCAAUGGUGUGGCUGCCUUUGUCAUUGUGGGGAUUGGGGUUGAUGAUGUCUUUGUUUUCAUCAACACCUACCGCCAAGCCACCCACCUCAAGGACCUGCGGCUGCGCAUGAUCCACACUAUCCAGACAGCAGGGAAGGCCACCUUCUUCACUUCCCUCACCACGGCUGCAGCAUAUGCUGCCAACAUCUUCUCUCAGAUCCCAGCUGUGCAUGACUUUGGACUCUUCAUGUCCCUGAUUGUGUCCUGCUGCUGGGUAGCUGUGCUCUUCACCAUGCCAGCUGCUCUUGGAAUAUGGACCCUCUAUGUGUCCCCACUAGAGAGCUCCUGCCAAACCAGCUGUAGUCAGAAGUGCACCAAAGAGAGUGCCUUGCACCUGGCUGAAGAUCUCUUCAUUGCCUCGGAGUCCGCCUCCAGAGCAGGCAGAGAGACGCUUCCCUAUCUUGAUGAUGACAUCCUGCUGCUCAGCGUGGAGGAGGAGCCUGUCUCCCUGGAAAUGGGGGAUGUCCCCUUGGUAUCUGUGAUGCCAGAAAAUCUGCAGCUCCCUGCAGAGAAGAGCAACCGGGGUCACUUGAUAACUCAUCUGCAGGAGCUGCUGGAACACUGGGUGCUGUGGUCUGCAGUGAAGAGCAGAUGGGUGAUUGUGGGGCUCUUUCUCCUUGUUUUGCUCCUGUCCAUAUUCUUUGCUAGCCGCCUCCAUCCAGCUAGCCGUGCUCCAGUCUUGUUCCGGCCAGACACUAACAUCCAGGUGCUGCUGGACCUGAAAUACAACCUGAGUGCUGAAGGCAUCUCCUGCAUUACCUGCUCAGGUUUGUUUCAGGAAAAGCCCCACAGUUUGCAAAACAACAUCCGAACCUCCUUGGAAAAAAAGAAGAGGGGCUCAGGGUCACCUUGGGGAAGCAAAGGGAGCAUAAGUGAUACAGGGCAGCAAGAUCUCCAGGGGACUGUGUAUAUCUCCAAGUCCAGAAGCAAGGGAAGACCAGCCAUCUACAGAUUCUCUCUCAAUGCUAGUGUCCCUGCCCCUUGGCAGAUGGUGUCACCGGGAGACGGGGAGGUGCCUUCAUUCCAGGUGUAUAGAGCGCCUUUCGGUAACUUCACCAGGAAGCUGACAGCUUGUGUGUCCACAGUAGGGCUGCUUAAGCAGACGAGCCCCAGGAAGUGGAUGAUGACCACCUUGUCCUGUGACACCAAGAGAGGCUGGAAGUUCGACUUCAGUUUCUACGUGGCCGCCAAGGAGCAGCAGCGAACACGGAAACUGUAUUUUGCCCAGUCGCACAAGCCCCCUUACCAUGGCCGAGUGUGUGUAGCACCUCCUGGCUGUCUUCUCAGUUCCAGCCCAGAUGGACCCACCAAAGGCAUCCUUUAUGUUCCCAGUGAGAAAGCAGCACCCAAAGCAAAGCUCUCAGCCACUUCUGGAUUUAAUCCUUGCAUGAACACGGGCUGCGGGAAGCCAGCGGUGCGGCCACUGGUGGACACGGGAGCCAUGGUGUUUGUAGUGUUUGGUAUCAGAGGUGUUAAUCGCACGAGACGCCCGGACAACCACGUCAUCGGAGACAUGGGCAGCGUUAUCUAUGAUGACAGCUUCGACCUCUUCAAAGAGAUUGGCAACCUGUGCCGCCUCUGCAAAGCCAUCGCCAGCAACACCGAGCUGGUGAAGCCGGGAGGGGCUCAGUGCCUGCCCUCUGGUUACAGCAUCUCCUCCUUUCUGCAGAUGUUGCACCCUGAGUGCAAGAACAUCCCUGAGCCAAACCUGCUGCCCGGACAGCUCUCUCAUGGGGCAGUGGGGGUGAAGGACGGGAAGGUGCAGUGGAUCUCCAUGGCAUUUGAAUCGACAACCUACAAAGGGAAAUCUUCCUUCCAGACAUAUGCUGACUAUCUGAAAUGGGAGACAUUCCUGCAGCAGCAACUCCAGCUCUUCCCAGAGGGCUCUGCUCUCCGGCAUGGUUUCCAGACGUGUGAGCACUGGAAGCAGAUCUUCAUGGAGAUUAUAGGAGUGCAGAGUGCCCUGUACGGUCUCGUCCUCUCGCUGAUUAUUUGUGUGGCUGCAGUGGCGGUGUUUACCACUCACAUCCUCCUCCUGCUGCCAGUGCUGCUCAGCAUUUUAGGGGUGGUCUGCUUGGUGGUGACCAUCAUGUACUGGUCUGGCUGGGAAAUGGGAGCUGUGGAAGCCAUUUCCCUCUCUAUCCUUGUUGGCUCCUCUGUCGAUUACUGUGUGCACUUGGUGGAGGGCUACCUGCUGGCAGGGGAAAACCUGCCACUACACCAGGCAGAGGACCCCACCGCCUGCCGCCAGUGGAGGACGAUUGAAGCAGUCCGUCACGUGGGUGUGGCAAUUGUCUCGAGCGCCGUCACCACAGUGAUUGCCACCGUCCCGCUGUUCUUCUGCAUCAUUGCCCCUUUCGCUAAGUUUGGGAAGAUUGUGGCCCUCAACACAGGAGUCUCCAUCCUGUACACGCUGACUGUGAGCACAGCCCUGCUGAGCAUCAUGGGGCCUGGCACCUUCAUCCGCAGCAGGACUUCUUGCCUCAAGGCUGUCGGGGGGGUGCUGCUUGCUGGCCUGCUGGGUCUGGGCAUCUGCUUCGCCCUGCUGAAGAGUGGAUUUAAGAUCCCUCUCACUAAUGGGACAGCCAUGUAGACCCUAUGCCAAGAGCCACAUGCUCUGUCCUCUUGCUCCUGUUCUUUUUUCUUUUUUUUUUAAAGGAUAUUUUUUGUAAGAAAAAAAAAGAGGAAAAAAAUCCCUUUUUUCCAGAAGUUUUUCAACUCCAGAUGCACUUUAUUUUCUAAUGGGUUUUGCUCGAAACUUGUAUUUAUUUUGGGUAGUGAUGGAUGGAUGACGGACAGUGAGGGCUGCCCAGGGAAUACCUCAGCCCAUGACUAGGAGGGGAGGAGGUCUCCUCUCACUUUUUUUCUUCUUUUCUUUUCUUUUUGUCUUUUUUUUUUUUUAUGAACAGCUGCUUUUUUUCUUUCUGGAACCGCAAAGCUAAAAGGGGAGAAGUUGGGAAGGCCAUCUGCUCCCUUUCAAAACACUUCCCUCUGUCCCUCCCCUCGGCCAGCGUCAGCAUUGCAACAGUGACUCUUGAUGUGACGUCCUAUGCCCACACCAAGCUUGUGCCUCAAUUUCUGAGCCUUUGAAAGCAACAGUGAGCUGUUGGACAGGCCUGGGAAAUAGCGUUGUCUGGACCCCUUUGCCUUGCCCAAGCUAGACCAGCAGUGAACUUGCUGCACAGGAGCAUUCCUGGGUGUCAUUGUGGGAUCCAAUCUAGAGAUGUGGGGUGGCAGCACCUGCAGUGACCUGCUUUCCUCACUCAGGGAGAGCCUUGGGACGCAUAGCUUGCCUCUUCUUUUUGAAGGGACAGCACACCUCUCGCUGGGAUCUCCUGGGUGUGUGAACAGCCCUCAGGAAUGCAGCCCCUGCCCUCGGUGGCUAGCCCUCCUCUCACUCAUCGCAGUAGUGAGGCCAAGGCAGUGAUGAUGCCCAGCCCCACCUCCUGCUCAGUGUGUCACCUCACCAGUCACUGCCUCCCCUCCUCAGGGUGGAGAGAAAACAGCCUUGAGGUCCCUGCAGAGUCUUUAGUCAUGGCAGUCAGCUCUUAGGCUGAGGCUAGGCUCACCACUGGGGCCAGGUAGAGCCCCUGCCUGGUGGCAUCCGUGGAUACACAGUGGUGCAUCCUCUGAGGCAGCUGAGACACCCUCUGUUGUGGAAACACGAGGGCAGUGGAGUUUCAGCCUGGGGCCGCUGCCUGCUCAGAGCAGAUGGUUUAUAUUAAAGUAAAAUGAAAUCGCAAACUGGUGCCAUUAACAAGUACAUUUUAAGCAUCACUGAUUCUAUCAUAUUUUUAAAAUUGAAAUAGCUAAGUGUGCGCAUUGAUAUGCAGCACAUCUGGUCCUUGGCAGAAGGGGGGGGGUUGGGCCCACGGGGAGAUGCAUUAAACAUUAUUUACAGGGCUGCCAAUAGAAGGGGGUGGCCAGAAACCAUCCUGACUCUGUGAUGGCUUUGUGUUCCCUAUCUGGAUUGACCCCCUUUUUAAGAUAGAAAUGCCAGGAAGCCCAUCCCCAGUGCCAGCCAAGUUCUGGGGACUCUGCGGCUGGACAGACCAGCAGCUGCUUCUGCUUGGCUCAGUGUAUCCUCCCUCUGACCCCUGGUAGUCUUACACCUUUACAUCAUGUCAUCCAUGGAUCAAAUGUUUAUUCCUAAGAAGGUUCCCCCAAGGUAUCAGCUGGAGAGAGGAAUAUCAGGACAGGACUCUGAUGCCAGGGGAAAUCCAGAGCAAUUCUAGUGCAGGCAGGGAGGGUGGUAAGAGCAUGAGCAGAACAGACCUGUUUUUUCCUCGCCAUCCCACGGUGCAGCUGAGUUACCCCUUUCUGCAAAGUGUUAAAUGUUCCUUGGCACGUACCUCUGAUCUGCACCAGUUCUUUCGUAAUGAACCCUGUGCCCAUGAAUAAAUGGUUCUGGAAAGGGGUUUUGACUGUCCUUAAGCUGUGCUGCUUUGAUGGCUGCUGUGCACACUUCAACCCCAACAUUGAUCUGCAAGCCAUGCUUUUCCCUAUGUCUGUUCUCUAAAUUUAAUUACUAGUGGUGCCCUGAGCACUCCUAAGUGGCAGCGAGCAUAGAGGGCAGUGUGCUGAUGACUUGCAGCCCCAUGAGACCCGUGUGGGUGCUGCAGGGGAGGGUCAAGGUAUGCCUUGUGCUGCUGCCAAGGAUGCUCUGGCUGGCAGCAUGACCUGAAUUUAGCUAAUGCUUCAACCUCCUUGGGGUGAUUUAAGCUGAUGGGUAUUUCCAGGUCACCAGACAAAGAGAAUAAGGUGCUGAAUGCACCCUUAGAGGAAGUUCCUCCUUCUGUGAGCAUGAAGAAGCCUUGAAAGGCCUUUAAGACAAGGCACAGAUGUGCUUUGAAUCCUGCAAAGUUUAAAGUUCAAACUCCUGGUGUUUGUGCUCAAUACAAAGAGGCUAUGUAAGCCCCACACCUCCAGAGUGAUUCUGGACACACCAUGCUGGGACUGUUCAUUCAGCCAUGCUUGGAAGGCAAAGAUUAAUUUCAAAGUAGUGGAAAACUUUCUAUGUCUCUUGGGUCUGAUCUGGCAGCAUCUGAUCUGCAGACAAAAAUAACAGAGUUCUUGGCACCUGACAGGAUCUGUCCUGUUUUCUGGAGCAGGCAGGGGAAAGGACAAGCCCUCACUUUCUGCCCUUCUCUCUGGCCAGCCCAGGCUCAUGAGUGCUGAAGGGCUGGCUGGCACUAGCUGGAGCAGGGCAUCACCUUUGCCCUUGUUCAUCCAAAGUGGUACCAGGAGAGCAAGGGCUGGAGUGAUUUGGAAAGAAAAACGAGAGACUGAGAUAAGUGCAGAGCUGUAGCAGAUGAUUCACAAGGCAUACUGAGGACAUUGUGCCCCUCCAGCAAGGAGAGGAGGAGGAACUUGCUCCAGGGUGUAGUAAGAUGGUGGAAGAGCCAGGAGAUGAUCCUAGGUGAUGCUUUUCACUGCAAGGACUCACUGGAUAUUGGUAACCUGAAAACUUGAUUAGACAUAGUCAUGACACUUGAGAUUUAACUAGACAUUUGCCCCAUCACCAUUUCACUCUGCACAGCCCUGUGGUCAGGGUGGCUGGUGCUUUUUCCAUGUGCUGUGGAAUGAAGAGAGGCUUAGAGGUAGGGUCCAGCCUUCCCCAGAUUACUUACAAUGCCCUGAUCUCCCCAAGCAUCUGUGGAGACAAUAAAUCAGUAGCAGAUGUGUACAUCCAUCUCCAUGUAGGCAGCAUCCUCCUUGGGAUUAGAAAAUAUUCAUAAAAUUAUAAGGUAAGAAAAUGGAUGGGUUUAUCUGAGCAAAUGCAAAGGUGGGCCUGACAGCCCUGCUGGGAAUCAGUGCUCCAAGGCAGAUGCUUGUAGCAAUAAAAAGCAAGGCCUCACCUGCCUGGUGCUGUUCCAGGAGCAGAUGCUCGCCCUAAAUUAAUUCCUCCCACAUCUCUGCCUAUCGUCUUUCUCUGAUGACUCCUCUGUGGCCCAGACCAUCUCUUGGGCCCUGUUGUCUUGCUGAGCAAGGUUCAGCCUUCUCCAUGGUAGCUGCUUGUGCCUAAGGUAUUCACAGAAUCUGGACUAAAAGUGACUGGAGAUUGUCUCAGGGAGAAUUUCUCACGCAGAGGAAGCUAGGGAGUUAAAAUGCUUCAUAUGAAGCUGUCAGUUUUGAUGUUUUUAAACAGUAGAUUACAGCAGACCAGCCUUACUUGGAAGGGAACAUUCCGAUUUUCCAUUUCAAAACAAUCUUGCUGCAAUUAGAAAUGUACAGGAGUUCUCAGUUACAGCACACUGCAGUGGAAUAUUUCUGUUAACUGCCCACUCCUUUAUUUCUGGUAAAUCCUGUUUUGAGGGUUACAUUCUGAGAAGCUGAUAUUAAUGUUUCAGGCUAGGGUUCAUUCUGAAACUCUGCAGUUUCCUACAAAAUGGAGCAGGUCCUGUCCCGACCAGCAGCUCUCCCUGCCAGCCCAGGGCAGUGGCAGAAGUGCACUGCGAUACACGCACAGAGCUGGUGGUGCUCCUCUUUGCCUUCAGUGGAGCUGCCAAGUGAGUUCAAGGCUCCCCAUGGCUGUGGACACUCAGGGAGAGAAUCUGCUCACACCAGCCGUGUCAAAAUCAGCUUUGGAGCGAGGAGGGACAGAGCUGAUGUGAUUUGUAAAGAUCAGUGUCAGAGGAAGGAACAGACCCAGGCCUCCUCGCUCCGUUUCCUUAUGUCCUGGUGCCUCUUGAGGUGCUGGGUUCACGUGGGGUCUGUACAAGCAACUGGGACAUCGGGUUUGGCCACAGAUCUCAGCAAUUCCACAGGCUGCAGAUACUGGAAGGGGAGCAGUGGCUGAGCUGGGCUGUGUUUCUUGAUCCCUGAUGAGUCUGAAACUAUGCCAGAGCAAAGGCAGCCUGAGAAGUAUCCCCAAGGAGGGGGACAUGUGGCAUUCCUACAGAGUUACUGGGACCUAUGGCUGUCUGGAUGCAAUGGUCUCCAAAGACCCCUGGCUUUGUCUCUACUGAAGCAAACUGGGAUGUUGCUUUAUGUCACAGCAUCUAAUUCUUUUAGCUUGUCCUGCACUGAAUUUUCUUACCAGAACAGCUUGCCCUCCUGGAAGGUUAUAAAAGGCUUUUUAUUUAACCCUGUGACAUGUAUAAAUCCUCCCACACUGUCCACCAAGGAAGCUGUGCUGAUUGAUUUGCAGCCAGGCAGGACAAAUUUACAGUCUCUUGGUUAGUUCUUCCAGAAUCACUCCUCACCCCAGAUAGCACACAAGCCAUAGUUCACAGGUUUUUCAAAGGCCUCUGCUGACUGCUCUGACCUGGCUUAGUACCCAGGGUCCCAGAGUUAAAAGUCUUUCAAGGUCUGUCUCCAUCUUGAGGAUGUAGUUGUUCGGCUGUUUGGCUUUCGGUUCUUCCGCUCCUCCUUUGGGCUGGAGGGGACAGGAGGGUGAUGGCCAGGACCAGACUAACAGCCAGAUGAGGAGAAAUGUUUGCAGGGGGAAGCAGAAGAGAACAAACGGAGGGAGGAUGGUUCAAAAGCCAAGAGGAGGUGUGAGCACCCCAAGGACAGAGGGAGGGAGGGCACUCUCGUUUCACCACGUCGCGUGCAGACCUUAGAGUGUCGGUUCUCAGAGUGAUGUAGCACAAUUCCUGAUGUAACGUACGCGUGUUACUUUUGUAAGUUGUCUCCUACCCUCACUAUUUUCAGUGUACCUUGAUUUUUGGAGACUGUUGUAAAUAAAAGAUUUUGACA